AGAGAGAAAGAAGUGUAGACUCACCAUCGCCAUCCCCGGCCGUCAUCAUCUCCGCCUUGUAUACACAUAUUUGCUCCCAACCUCUCUCUUCAUUCUUCAUCGCAUCGCCUGGAAAACCAUUCGCUCGUAGCCUGCUUACGAAAGAAUCCGUUUUUGAGCGAAUCUUUCUUUGCAUUAUGGAUCUCAUGAAAAAAUACCCUUUUUUUGCUACGGAAGAUGUGGAGGAGUUUGUAAAUCGGUACCCUCAUGUUACAAAAGGAGAUAUGGCGAAGCUUUUCCUCACUGCUUUACCUUACUACCUGGAUGACUUUGCUCAAUAUAUCAAUAUCAUACGAAAAACCGAAAAAGAAAAAGGCAGAGAACAUGUUGAAGCUUUGCCUUUACUUCAUGUGCAUUCUGUACAUGUACAACCAAAAGGAGAUGUAGAAAGUGGAUCACUCCCUGUAUAUGGAAAGAUUUGGGUUAAGUAUGUAGAUGUCAUUAGUGACGAACCCUUGCACCUUGAUGUUUACAACCGAAGUGCCGAGGAUCCCGACCACAUAAGCCCAAGUGGUGGUUAUUUAACUCUUGGUUGGCGUAAUCCUUUCCCUACUUAUUCUAGUUUGUGGAUGGCAUUGUACGGAACAACAAUAGAAGUAGAUCUCUAUCUCAAAAAUGGGGGUAAGAGCAUUUCGUUUGCUCGAGAAAUUUUUUUGGUGGGGAGUGCAACUGAAGGCGAUGUUGAAGAAUUGAAAUCAAAAAGAAUUCCGUAAUAGACUUUGCUCUGCUACCUUGAGUUAUAUUAAAAUGCCAUUUGGUGCCCUUUGCAGUGUGAAUGUUCGAUUCUCUAGCAGAGAUGAGGGCCUAGUUGUUGAUGCUGUUGGAAAGAUUGUUGCGCGAUAUAAGAACACUUGUGGAAACUAUAACUCAGAACCGUGUGUUCUUUUUGAGAAGCUGAAUGGCUCUGAACCAGUAAAAAUGAAGGAAAACCUGUGUAUGUCGAGAACAUGGUUGGGGUUGCCUGCAUAUUCGUCACUUGAAGUUGAUCUGGAUUUGACAGACUUCAACACAGGAAAAAAACUUAUCAACAAAAAAGUAGAAGUGUUCAACGGGAAUGGUGAUUUUGCAAGGAAAGGUGAAGUGGAUGCGGGUGAUUUUGCGGUUGUUGUGGAUGCAGGACUGUUUUCGUGCCCACAUAUGGGCAAUGCGUGGAGUGAUGGGGAACAAUAUGGGUCUUAUAUCACAUCGUCAUCAUCCAACAAUGGCAACCCUAGGUGCGAUGAUCAAGACCGAGAAAGUAUACUGAGACCAUCAUGUUUAGCCCAAUUCUUUUCAAUCUUCAUCGGCCGUAAAAAAAUGGGGGCGACACAGUUGAAUUCUCUUCCGAUGAUAACACUCACUACCUGUUUAAGAGGACAGGUAAUGAUAGUGUGCAAGUAGAAGAUUCACAGAAAGUUUUACCAUUGGGAGAUGUGUGUAUGAGUUUUCACAAGAAAAGCAUUCUUGAAUUGAAGGUUGAUCUAAAAGAUGUUGGUGGGAAAUUUCAGAGUAGAGGUUUUGCUACUUAUGACCUUGGGGAAUAUAAACCUGAUAUAUCCUAUAACAGCCAAAUCUGGUCUGUUUUCCCGGGAAAAGAUGGGUUUUGUGCGUUGCAUUACUCCAUGUUCUCAAGAGCUUAUCUUGCAAAGAUUGAGAUCACUUUAAAAGUUAAAAGUGCUCAUUCCGGGGUUUACAAGAUCUAUGGAAGUGCAAUUGCGCAAUAUAGUGACUUUGACUACUCAACUAAGUUCAAAGAAGAUUAUUUUCGGAGCGUGCUUUUCAAAAGGACUGAGAAGGAUCCAGUACAAUUAAAGGACAAUGGGAGACUGCCACUUUCUCAAUGUGCAGUUGCGGUGCCAAUGGAUUCGUCCCUCAUUAUUGCAGUAGAUUUUAGGGACACGUCUUUGACAGAUCAUUUCUUAUGCAAGGAAGAGUUCAGUAUUGGAUGUUGCUCCUUUAGCGCAAAGGCAAAUGAGCAUGAACUUGACAUCAAGUUGACUUGGAGUGAUGGGUUAGGAGAUGAAAAUCGGUGAUCAAACACGAUCUUUCGCAUAAAAGUUUGCAAAGUUUCGGGCGGUUGGGAUAAUCGCAGACUUUCAAUUUUUGGACGGGUACCACUUGUUGUGACAACAAGAGCUUGCCUCGUUGUAUAUAUGGGAGACCACAAAGUAGUAAUGCUCCAAGUCUUUGCAAAUUCUAGUCUUGUUCCAAAGGCGAGAUCACUCUAGGAACCAAUGCUCACUGCACAGAAGGAGUCCCCCUCAUAUAUUUUAGAGAGGUUGCUCUUAGGUGACACUCGGUCCUUGAUUUUUUGUUCCAAAUUUUACUUUUGAGACACUCGAAGUGCCCAUCCAUGCAUAAAAAUUCUAUUGUCAAGUUAGUGUGUGAUGUCAUACCUACAAUCUCAAUGCACCUUAUUUAUCUGGAGAUUGAGAUUUA